UUUUGGUCUCUCUCUCUCUCCUCGACUGUCCAGACUCAAGAGAGGGAGAGCAAUCCGGUAGAGAAAAAUCUCUUGCAUCCUCCAAGACCCACACACGCAAACACCACACUGCACUGGGAUUAAACACAAAACAUCUGCAGCAGCAUGAGGGCUCCUCCUCCAAUCCUCCAUAGCUUCCUCUAGUCCCUGUUGCUCUGUGUCUGGUUCAAGGAUAGGAGAGAGAAGUGUUGAUUUGAGAGAGAGAGAGAGAGAGAGAGUCAAAGGCUGGCCCAUAGCCCAUACAAACAUCUAGUGAGGGAGCAAAACAAAAGAAUACAGUAGCCUAGAAGCAGUAUAUCAGUAACCAGUAAAAUCUUGGAGCUAGUAACAAGCAUCUCAAAGUAACCCUGGUGGCUUUUGGUAAGAACAGCCUCACUGUUCAUCCUUCCAUCCUCCUUCCACUAUAGCCACCGAAGAAGAACAGAAGCGUCAGCAGCAGCUGCAGGUGCAGCGAGAAGCAUCUUCUCUCUGGAGAGGCGCCGCCGAGACGAGGAGGGAUCAGGAGGAGUUAUGGAUCUUUCUGGCACGCAGGGCGAGCUCGCGAUCCCAAUGCACGCCAACGUCGUCUCGCCCUACGGCGGCGGGAGCGCCGGCGGCCAUGUCCUGCAGCUGCACCAUGUUGAGCAGCACGGCAACAACAACAAUGGCCAGUCCCCGGCGCUGCCGCCGUCGCCGCCAGCCGCGGCGGCGGCAGAGGAGAUGGAGGGCUCCGCGAAGAAGCGCGGGGCGGGGGGCGGCGCCGGCAUUGGCGGCGGCGCCACUGUGGUGAAGUACCGCGAGUGCCUGAAGAACCACGCUGCGGCCAUCGGCGGCAACGCCACCGACGGGUGCGGCGAGUUCAUGCCCAGCGGCGAGGAGGGCUCGCUGGAGGCGCUCAAGUGCUCCGCCUGCGGCUGCCACCGCAACUUCCACCGCAAGGAGGUGGACGACGACGACGACGACGCCAUGUACGCCGCCGCCGGCCACGGCCACCGCGCCGCCCGCCGCCUCCUCGCCCCCGCCAUGCCGCACCACCACAACAAGGGCGGCGGCGGCGGGCUCCUGGUCUCCGCGGCCGACCCCUACGGCGCCUACGCCGCGGCGCGCGCACUGCCGCCGCCGCCGGGGCACGGGCACCCCCACCACCACCAGUACGUGAUGCCGCUGACCAUGAUGCACAACUCGGAGUCCGACGACAUGGACAUCAGCGGCGGCAGCGGCGCGGCGCGCGGCGGCGGCAGUGGCGGCUCGUCGUCGUCCCGGAAGCGCUUCCGCACCAAGUUCACCCCGGAGCAGAAGGCCCGGAUGCUGGAGUUCGCGGAGCGCGUGGGGUGGCGCCUCCAGAAGCUGGACGACGCCAUGGUGCAGGCCUUCUGCCAGGACAUCGGCGUCAAGCGCCGCGUCCUCAAGGUCUGGAUGCACAACAACAAGCACAACCUCGCCACCAAGCGCCUCGAGGCCGCCUCGCCGCCGCAGGAGCAGCAGGCCAUGGCGGCGGCGGCGGCGGCCUUGCCGUCCCCGCCUCCUUCCGCGCCGCUGAUGCCUCUCCAGAUGAUGCCCCCUGGAAUCAUGCCGCCGCCGCCGCCACCAGCGCAGGCCGCCGGGCCGUCCUGCCACCGCGGCGGCCCCGGCUCCCCGCCGUCGCCGCCUCUCAAGCUCGAGUGACCGACUGACAGAAGAAGAGGGAAGCGAUCACCAUGCUACCGUCCAUGGUGAUUAUUACAUUCUUGAUCCGUCCUGGUAACCUAGCUAGCAAACCAACCAACCGCAUCGAUCCAUCGCCAUUUCACUGUUCCAUUAAUUCCAUCUACCGUCGUCGAAGCAGAAAGAGAGAGGAGAGGAGUGAUCUGAAACAAAAGAGAACAUGUUUAUCGUCUUUCUUUUUUCCUUCCCUUUUCCGGUGUUUGUCAUAAGGUAAGGGAGCAAGCAACCAAGCAUGCAAUGCAUCAUAGUAGGUGAUUUCCAACUGCAACUGGACUCAAUUUCCUCUGAUUUUUUUUCUUUCUUCCGGAAGGAAAGCCAAAUAUCAUCCAUUCAUCCUGGACUAUUUUAUUCG